CUUCAUGAAUGCACGAUUAGAUCCGGAAGUUUCAACUCGGCUGUAAAUGUUUAGUAAACUGUGUUAAUCAACAUAGGAAACGACUUAGCCACUUAGAAGAUUAAAAAGGGUAUACUAAGCUUGACAAAGUGUUGUCAGUUAAUUUGAAUGGGGACACCGCCACCAACAUUAGAAACUUACAAAGAACCAGGAAGCAUGCCAGAUCUAAGAACGAUAGAUUGGGAUGAAGAGGAGGGAAAAAGGUUGUGGUCCAGACUGAAACAGUCCAAAAAUGACGGGAAUUUUCCAACAAUAUUGGAUACAUUAUCAUCGCAGGAACAGGCAGUAGCUAUUUUGACAGGUGUUGAUAAAGGGUAUUUUAAAACUGUGAUAGAUCUGAUAGAUCAUGGUUCUGAUGUGCAUUGUAUUGAUACUAAAUAUCGCGGUGUUUUACACUAUCUAUUGACUAAUUACAGAUUUCUUGGACAAACUAGACAUGACUUGUUUUUCAAAUGUCUAACUACAAUAGUUGGUGCGGGUGGGAAUGUGAAUCAUGUGGAUAGCGAUAAAGAUGUACCUAUAUUAAUGGCAGCAAGACAUGGCUUGAUAGAUGUUGUGAUAUAUCUGAUAGAUCAUGGUGCGGAUAUUCACUGUGUUGAUAAAAACCAGAAAAAUACCUUACUCUGUCUUUUCGGUUAUUUUAAAACUCAGAAAGAUAGACGUUUUCUUUCUUUAUUACUAGAAUGUGUGAUUAAGUUAGUUCAAGCUGGUAUUGAUGUCAACUAUGCGUAUGCAACGACAGAUCCACCAUUAUUCAUUGCCGCUAAAGAAGGAUGGCUAGACAUUAUGAUGUGUCUGAUAGAUCACGGCGCAAAUAUGGAGUCUGAUGCUUUUUUAGAAAGGAAUAUUCUCCAUUUGGUAUUACGAUCUCUGUGUUGUGGUUGUGAUGAAAAAUAUAUAGAUAUUGUGAAGACAUUAAUAAACAGGGGAAUAGAUGUAAAUCAAGCAGAUAAAAAAAUGAGCAAUACGCCGUUAUUUGGCAUGGCAAACCGUCGAUCUCCACUACAUAAGGAGAAGGAUGAAAUGGUGAAGUUAAAAUAUAAACUGAUAAAUAUGUUAACUGAAGGCGGUUGUAAUUUGAAUCACCAGAACAGACUAUUAACGACACCAAUUAUGUUUUUUAUAAAAGAACAAGCUGAUAUUCGGGUCAUAUAUUAUCUGAUUCUAAAUGGUGCAGAUAUUAAUCUUACUGAUAAAAAUAGUAAUACAGCAAUUAGUUACUGCGUGCAGUAUCACUUUUUAGAUUGUUUUAAUAUCUUUAAACUGUUGGUACAUUUUGGAUCAGAUCUGAUGUCAACUAAAAAUGGAAUUAAAUUAUUUCAUGAAAUUCUCAAGUGUAAGAGGUUAGAUGUUUUCAAUUAUUAUAUUGGACGCCAGUUGAUUAUAAUUGGUGCUACAUCUGUAGGAGAAACAAUGCUACAUCUACUGGCUCGAGUAAAUUUUGAUUAUUCGUCAAAAGCAUUUAAAUGGUUGUUUAAUAGUGAACUGGAUAUAAACCAUCGGUGCUCGAAAACAAAUACACCUUCAAUGAUAGCUGCAAUUUUAUUAAACAGUAAAUAUUUAGAACUGUUAACACCCCAUCCUAAAAUAAAGAUAAAUGCACAGAAUAACAAAGGCCAUACAGCCCUCCACCUCUGUGUCAUUGGAUUUACAAUGUUGAAAGACGGUUUGAAUAAGAGACAAGUAAAUGAUGUUGUUCAGAAAUAUUGCAGACAGAUAUAUCCAAUAUAUAUGGAGUGUGUUGAUAUUUUACUUGCUGCUGGUAUAGAUGUAAAUUUACAAGAUAAUAGCGGAAGAACUGUUUUGAUGUUUGCAGCUAUGAAAAACGACAGAGUUCUGGUAAAGAAAUUACUUAAGGCUGGCGCAAUGGUUAACGUUUUCGAUAAUUUAGGAAGAUCAGCUCUGCAGUAUCUUGAUUUUGAUAAAAGUGUAUUUGAUCUGACAUGCUUUAAACUAAUUAUGUCUAAUGGGGAUCACAAAAUCCUGGAUUUGCCGUGCAUCAACGGUAACACAAUUAUUCAAACAGCUGUAUGUUUUCCAUUAUUCUGGGAACCAAUGAUGGUUGUUAGUUUUAUUCGAUAUUUGGUUGCUCAAAAUUGUUGUCUCCAGACUCUUGUUACGUCCUCGGUUGAAAGUAGCUUGAAGCUUAUUAGUCUGGAUGAACUUAACCACCAAGUAAGAGAUGACAUAAGUCAGUUGUUAUAUCUUAGUGGGGCUCAUAGGGAAGAAAUUGUGACAACUCUAAAUUUUGAUGUGGAAGAUACGCAAGAAGAUCAAGAUGAAUCACUUUACUCGCACCACAAAAAAACUUUUAAUUUAUUUUGUAAUAAUGUAUCUCUCAAAUCUAUAUGUAGGAGAGUCAUCAGACAGACGAUUGGAUUGAUAAUACACCAAGCGCAUAAGAAUCUAGAACUACCUCUCGAACUAAACGAAUUUCUACUUUUAAAAGACGUUCUUCAUUCUAAAUAUUACGACCUGUAUUUAUUUGAUGGUGGCUACGAUGAAUAUGACGACGUUGAUGAUUUUGAUUCAUAUGAUAUAGAUAAAGACAAAGAUGAUGAUUAUAGUGAAUAUAGUUACCAGUAUUUUGCUCUCUAUAAUAUUUAUGUACUGAAAGAGAAAUGCAAGAAACUAAAGAAAUUUCCUAACGACCAAAGUCUGCUACCUUGGAUAUUGCGGCAUAGGUGAUUUGUUUUACAGAAGUGUAAGUUCUAUUUUGUAAAAACGUGGUUGCUGCAGGUGUGAUUAUAAGAGUGCCUCGCAAGUCCCCAUCUAUGAUUGCCCAAUCACAGAUUUCUUUCUUUAAUACCGAUGGGAAAAUGAUUAAACUGUACAUCUAUAAUUAAAACAGUGUUUCAUUUCUCAGAUGCCAAAGAUAUGGGUAAGGAAUAAGUAAAUAAUUUUGAAAAAUAUAUGGGGAUCGAAGGAAUAAGUAAAUAAUUUUGAAAAGUGUAUCUGAAUGGCGCUUAUAGUAAUUUGGAAAUCAGCAUGCGGAUACAUCUAGCUUGCAGGCCAGUGACCUACAUGAUCCAUUAAGAUUGGUUUCAUUUUUUUAGAAAUCCCGGGGGGGGGGGGGGUUGGAU